CACCUCAGGUGCAAUCUGAAGACAAGCAGAGAUCAUCGCGACUGCAUUGUUGCUGUAUGUUCUCUGUUGUCAGCGGCUCGGUAUUCUUUAGAAAAUCCUGGUAACAUAUGAAGUGAAGCUGCAGGGGAAGGCCCAUCUCGCCCCGAAUUCAGUCUGGCAGGAUAAACGCCGAAUGUAAAACCCCAGAUGUUCCACAGCAGUCUGUCUGGAUGGAGGUUAAAUGGCAGUUCAGUAACCAGGAGAAGAACUCCAGUCUGGACCAAGAGGAACCAGAACCUUCACAGAUCAAAGAGGAACAGGAGGAACCAUGUGUUCAUCAGGAGGGAGAGCAGCUUGUUCAGAAUCAGGAGACGGAGAUGAAGGUGGAGUUUGAGUCUGAGUGUGAAAAAACAUCCAUAGUCUGUGAAGAUCCCACGUUUGAGAUCAAGGAGGAGGCCGACCAUGAGUGCAGCCUGCAGAACAUCAUCAGGGUUCCUGUGAUCAACUUACAUAGAAUAGAUGUUUCACAGCUGCCCAUCUUUAAGAGGGAUGAGAAGAGGAGCUGCAACCAGAAACAGGAGGGAAUCUGAGCCUCCACAGAUCAAGGAGGAGCAGAAGGAGCUCUGCAUCAGUGAGGAAGGAGAGCAGCUGGAACUGAAGCAGGAGAACGAUGCUUUUAUGAUCACUGACACCAAAGCAGAACUAAGUGAGACCAAAGUUCUGGAAGUGAACAGUUAUAUCAGAACCAGCAGUCACACUGAGAAUAUAGACCACUCUCCCACAUUAGAAAACCACAGUCUUACAGAUGAAAUCUUGAUCAAAUGUUGUGUUUGUGGGAAAACCUUCAGUCGUUCAUUUGGGAAUCUGUCCCAAAUGCAGCAUCAGGGUGUAAUCCAAUCUGGUGUGACACUAGGCCUUUGUGAAUCCUGCAGAACCAGAUUAAAUCAAAGUUAUUCUGGGACUGUCCAGGUUUUCAAAAAACACAGUAGCUUGGAAAAUCACGUCAAAAUACUCCCAUCUGAAAAAGCUUGUAGCAAGACUCACAGUUUGACCAAACAGAAAAAGAUUUGUGAAGCCAGGAGGCAACAUUCUUGUAAAAUAUGUGGAAAAAAUUUAAAACCAAAUUCUUCUUUAAAGCGGCACAUGAGGAUUCACACAGGUGAGAAGCCUUUCAUUUGUGGUACAUGUGGAAAAUGUUUCACAUGGGGGGCUAAUUUAUCUGAUCAUAUGAGAUCUCACAAAGGUGAGAAGCCAUUUACCUGUGACAUAUGUGGAAGAGGCUUCACACACAGGACUUAUUUAGCUGAUCACGUGAGAACGCACACAGGUGAGAAGCCUUAUACUUGUAAAAUCUGUGGAAAAAUUUUUACACUUGCUCAAACUUUAAAGAACCACAUGAGGAUUCACACAGGCGAGAAGACUUUCACUUGUGACACAUGUGGAAAAUGUUUCACCUGGAGGGCCAACUUAGUUGAUCAUAUGAGAUCUCACACAGGUGAGAAGACUUUUAGCUGUAAAACCUGUGGAAAAUAUUACAAACAUAGUAAAAAUCUAAAGCACCACAUGAGGAUUCACACAGGUGAGAACAUUUUCCCUUGUGACAAAUGUGGAAAAUGUUUCACAUGGAGGGCUAAUUUAUCUGAUCAUAUGAGAUCCCACACAGACGACAAGCCUUUUAUUUGUGAAACGUGUGGAAAACGUUACAAACACGCUCACACUCUAAACGUGCACAUGAGGCUUCACACAGGUGAGAAGCCUUUUAUCUGCAAAACCUGUGGAAAAUGUUACAAGCAUGUUCAAACUUUAAAGAACCAUGUGAGGAUUCACACGGGGAAGAAUUCUUUCCCUUGUGAUAUUUGUGGAAAAUCGUUCACACCGUUGUCUAAAUUAACUGAACAUGUGAGAUCUCACUCAGGUGAGAAGCCUUUCACCUGUAAAAGCUGUGGAAAAUGUUACAAACAUAAUAAAUCUUUAAAGGACCACAUGAGGAUUCACAAAGAGGAGGGGCCUUUUGCUUUGUAAUCUAUGUGGAAAAUGACCUAAAAUUGUUUGUUUUUUUAUAAUCCCUCCAAGUUUUCAUCAUCAGAACUCAGUGGAUUCAUAAAUAGUCUUUGUAAAAUUCUUGUAUUGGUUUGGUUUUUAUUUCGUGAAAUCUGUCAUGUCAUAUUUGCCUUUAAAAAAAGUAGUGAGCGUGGUGUCUGAAUAGCUUUUCAAAUUCAGGGCACUAGAUGGUGUCGCACUAUAUAGUUUUUCAGUAGUUAAGGGUUAGGGAGGGAACUCUGACAGCCAAAGUUGUACAUAUAUGAGAAAACAUGUACACGAAUAAGAAAAAAAUUGUACUUUUACAAGGAAAAAGCGGUGCUUUUUUCAAAACCUGCAGUCAAAUAUGAAGUUGGUUGUGUAAACCUCCAUCCCCAUUACAUGCCGACUAAAUCCAUCGAUGCACCCAGUAAUAGUGAUGCCAUAAGGCUUUAGUUUAUCUCAGGAAUCAAUGUACCAGAGUGAAGUUGGGCCUCACUUUACUGCCGCCGGAAAAUCAGUCCUAGUGGGACAAGAAUCUUCUUCAGUGACCUGCAAAUUUUUUUCAAUGUUCUGAUGUUGACUGACUAAAAGAUUUAGUAAUAGUAAUAAUGGAUUGGAUUUAUCUGCGCUUUUCCAGAAGCUCAAAGCGGUUGCAGUGUGUCCAUUAUUCAUUCAUUUCCUCAUUCAUAGUACUGUUGAUGGUAACUACUGUUGUUGCCACAGCUGCCCUGGGGCAGACUAACAGUAUUUCCUUGUUUGUGAAACCAAUGCUUCAUUCAGCAUUGGCUCUCUACAUGCACUCUAUGUCUCUCAUAAUGAAACACAAUAUUGAUUCUUGUUUUUGUAGCUGUUUUUCUUAGUAAACAGAUUUUGCAUCAUAAAUGUAUGUACGUUUAAAAUAAAGUUACCAUUGUUUUUACUGCUCGCUCUUGAAAAUAUAAAAGUUUUGAAAGCCA